CUUAAAAAGAAAUUAUUAUAGUAAUUCGAAAACAAGGGAUAGUUGUCCAUUUUCCAGCACUAAAACAACUAAACAAGCUCUGGAAUCGAAAUACAUACUACUAUAACUUUUACUUUUCAGGCUGAACAGAGGAAAAUGCGUCGCAUAUGUGUUCACAUCUCUUUAUAAGAGCUCGCUCUCUCUCUCUUAGUUCUCAUUUCGAGGCUGAAACGCGCUCUCUUCCUCCUAUAUGCACACAUAUAUAUACACCGUAGACUAGUAUUGUGUGUAUGUUUGCUAUCGUUGACUGGAUCGCGGCAUUUGAAUUCAAAGUUUCAGGAUCUGUUUACAAAUCAUGAAUCUUUAACACUUGUGUUUCGAGGCUCUCCUAAAGUUCAAAACUUGAGCGUUUGGAACAUUACAAACUUGCGAUCCGGUUCUUUAAUUUAGGGUUUACUCUUGCUUCCGCGGAUCGCCUAGAUCUGAAAAGUUUCGGCUGAUUUGGUGAAGUAACGACGACUUUUUUAGCAGAUCUGCUUCGAGUGUUGUUGGGUAGAUCAAAUUCAGAUCGUGUGGGUACACAGCAAUUGGGGGAUUUUCGAUUUCAUUUUUCCUGAUUGUGUUUGUGGAAAUGUCUGUGUUACAUAAAAGCGACUCGAUCCAAAUCCGGGAGGUUUAUGCAGACAAUCUUGAUGAAGAAUUCGCACUGAUCCGUGAAAUCGUGGAUGAAUAUCCCUUCAUCGCCAUGGACACCGAGUUUCCGGGCGUGGUGAUCCGGCCGGUGGGAAAUUUCAAGAACUCGAACGAUUUCAACUACCAAACAUUGAGAGACAAUGUGGAUUUAUUGAAGCUGAUUCAAUUGGGGCUAACAUUCUCCGACGACAAGGGGAACUUGCCGAAAUGCGGCAGCGAUAAGCACUGCGUCUGGCAGUUCAACUUCCGCGAGUUCAACCCCAACGAGGACGUCUCGGCGCUGGACUCGGUGGAGCUGCUGCGCCAGAGCGGCAUUGACUUCGUGAGGAACAACGAGAGAGGCAUCGACGUAGCGCGGUUUGGGGAGCUGCUGAUGUCGUCUGGGGUUGUUCUGAACGGGGAUAUGCACUGGAUCACGUUCCACAGCGGCUAUGAUUUCGGGUAUCUGCUCAAGAUGUUGACUUGCAGGAGGCUGCCGGAGUCGCAGGAAGGGUUCUUCGCAUUGAUCAAUUUGUACUUCCCGGUGCUCUACGACAUCAAGCACUUGAUGAAGUUCUCCAACAGCCUCCACGGCGGCCUCAACAAGCUGGCCGAGCUGCUUGAGGUGGAGCGAGUCGGGGUGUCCCACCAGGCGGGCUCCGACAGCUUGCUCACUUCCUCCGCCUUCAUGAAGAUGAGGGAGAAGUUCUUCAAUGGAGCAGUGGACAAGUAUUGUGGUGUGUUGUAUGGUUUAGGUGUUGAGAAUUGACUGCUUUCAUCAGUAAUGUAGCUAACAGAGGACAGAUUGUGAAGUGGAACAAAAAAAAAUAAAGAAAAUGUGAUUUCUAGGAUGUUGCUUAAGUUAAAACUAGGUGUUGUGCACUGCCUAAGAUUUCUGGUGCCACACAUUUGUACACUAUACAUGUUUUAGUUUGUGAAUUUCAGUUAUAAAUUGUGUUUUCUGCA